AGAGCGGAGUUAGACUUAGUUGAGCACAGGGGCAUUUGGAAAAAUCUGCCGGAGGAGAAUGGCCUGGUUCCUGCCACCCUGUACUAGCAUAGCCUGACUUUUUACUAAAAUUGAUAUUUUAAAUAAGGGUGUGAGGAUUGCGGUAGAAGCCUUAUAGGAGAAUGCAAACUCCACGGACCACUCAUCAGGGCUAAAGAUAGGGUUAUUCCCAGCCGAGCCCGUCUCACCCUACCUCACUACCUCACUUUGCGAGUGUUGGAGCUGCGAGCUGGAAACCAGCAGAUCCUUGGUGUAUUUGCAAAGAAAGUAAUACAGAAGCGAACACAGUUUGGUCCUUAUGUUGGUCAACUGUCUACAAAAUUGACCUGCUAUGAUGAGAGCAGGCUAGUCCUGCAGGUUUUGAAAGAUGGAGGGAAGUACUUUCUGGACACUCCCAAUGAAGACUGUGGAAACUGGAUGAUGUUUGUCCGGCUAGCCCGGAACCAAGAAGAACAGACCCUUGUGGCUUAUCAGCACUGUGGAGAAGUUUACUUCACAACAGUUAAGCCAAUUGAACCCCACACAGAAUUGAAAGUAUGGUAUGCUGCCGAUUAUGCCAAAUUUAUGGAAGCUUCCGCAGUCUGCAUUAAAGAAGAAUCAGAUGUCUGUCCCGUGCUUCCAGUUGCAAAAGAGCCUGUAGACCCUCGGAUAUGCUCCAGUUGUGGCAGCACUUUUGCAACUUUUUCUCUGCUGGAAUCUCACCAGUGCAUCCAUAAAGACCGAGUCCUUCCUACGAGGUUCAGACCACCAAAUAAAUUGGGACCUGUAAAAGCAAAAAGCAAACUCAAAGGGAAACUGAGAGGAGCGUCAUUAGGCAAAAGCAUUACUCAGUGCUUUGGGACCGUUUCCUGUUCCUCUGCUGCAAAGUUUGGCUGUGCCAGCUCAGGAAGCACUUGUGAUGCACUCGUGAGGUUUAUACCUAAAUGGAGAAAUGGUCGGUCUUCACUGUUGAAGGGAAAAGAAGUGAAGCAGCCGGACAGUUACCCUUGCCGACUCUGUGGGAAGAUAUUUGAUUCCAUUGAUAAGCUCACAGUCCACACUUACACGCACAAAGGGGAGCGUCCCUACAAGUGUUCACAGCACGGAUGCACGAAAGCCUUCAUUUCCAAAUAUAAACUGCUCAGGCACUCUGCUACUCAUUCUCCACAGAAAUCUCACCAAUGUGGCUACUGUGAAAAGACCUUUCACAGGAAAGACCACCUAAAGAAUCACCUUCAGACUCAUGACCCUAACAAGAUGGCCUUCAAGUGUGAAGAGUGUGGCAAGAAGUACAACACCAAGCUAGGCUAUAAGAGACACUUGGCUCUUCACGCUGCCACCAGUGGGGACCUUACCUGUAGGGUAUGUGCCCAGGAGUUUGGCGGUACUGAGGUUCUGUUGGAACACCUCAAAAGUCAUGCAGGGAAGCCAGCUGGCAAUAUGAAGGAAAAGAAACACAAAUGUGACCACUGUGAGCGUCACUUCUAUACCCGUAAAGAUGUGCGGCGUCACAUGGUGGUUCACACAGGCUGUAAAGACUUUCUGUGUCAGUUUUGUGCCCAAAGGUUUGGGCGGAAGGACCACUUGACACGCCAUACCAGGAAGACUCAUCCACAAGAACUGCUAAAGAGCAGGCUGCAGAACGGUGAGUCAGUGGGUCUCCUUGACCAGCUUUUUCCAUACAGGCUGAAGGAAGAUGCCAGCAUGCUGUCCCCUCUUCCUGAAAGGGUCUCUAUGCAGAAUGGUAUUGUGAAUAGUUCAGAAUCAGAGGAAUACAACUGUUCACAUCUUCAUUCCCAGCCAAGCUUACAAACUGCUCUUCCUCUUGAACCUUCUCCUCAGUUGCAAAGGAUGGGCUGCACAGACAGCCUCCCAGCGGUCCAUCCCACACCGUGUUCAACAGCCAUCCCUACCAACCUGAACCUUCAUCAGCCUAAUAAAUACGACCUUAGUUCUACCUCACUUGCAGCAGGAUCCCUCAAGAAUCUACCAAUAAAAGUGGAUGUUAAAGGUUACAACGUGCAUCUUCUCGAGGACCUGCCAUUACCAGAACCUCAGUCUCUGCACAAAAUCAGUAUGGAAGAAGAUUCCUCAGGGCCUGCAGGGGAUACUAACAAGUACCCAGUGCAGAAAGAGACAGAGGCAGCAACUGAAACUACAGGCCUGCCUUUCAUGGAUCUCACUCACGUGAUGAGUUUCUGGCAGCUCCCACCAGGUGACAACCAGAACACUAUUGGGGACUUCACAAUGGCCUUUGGCCCAGAGGAACCAUCACACAGGCUGAAUGGCCUCGGCCAACAGCAAGGUCUUCAGCUAGCAACUGGUGGGAUGGCCAUAAACCAGCUGCAUCAUUUUCCUCGCUCCUUUCCAUCCACUACAAAUUCUGUAACCUUGCCUCAUUUUCACCAUGCCUUCAAGUAACUAUCACCCUGUGUGGGGUUUUUUCCUUUUUUUUUUUUUUUGAGACUGUGCUUCUUACUUAAAUCUUUUAGGAUGGGGUGGUUUUGGUUUUGUUUUGUUUUUAAGAAAAACUGCCCCAAAUGUUUUCAAAGCACAUUAUGAACAUGGUAGUUAAAUUCAGGAUGUUAAUAAAUAAGAAGCUCUAUUUUUCAUACUACUAUUAGUUUUUUUAGCAUGUGACAACAGUAGAACUAACAUAUUUCCCUCAGCUCCCCCUAUAUUUUUGUUGUUACCUUUCAUAAAAACAUCUGAAUAAAUAUCUUCAACGGUAGAAAAGUAUCAUAACAGGCACAAUAAAACUAUGGCUGCUGCAGUAGGAGAAAUAUGGUUAGGGUGAAUGGGAAGAAGGGGGAAAUCACAGAAAAAUCAUUUUAAUGAGCCAUAAAUCACAGCAAAUGUGUACACAUAGCAAAUGUAACAAAUGAUUUAUCAACAUCACAUAGAUUAUUGUUAAGUACUUAAUGAAGUUUAUUAAUCUUUAAUUUAAAUCGGAAUCAUUCCAAGAGUAAAUCUUACCUCCUUGGUUCCCUUUUUUCAAAUGAAUAUCAUCACUGUUAUGAUUAUGUUUAACUAGAUUUUGUUUUCUGACACACAGUUCAACUGUGUGCAUCUCAUGCCUUUUUCCUUGGGCUGGAGGUUGCUGUCACUUCUGAACGACUAUGUAAAAACUGCUGUCUUGUAUAUGUGCAGUUUUCAGAAUGGAAAGUGAAUUGUCUCAAAGGUUAGAACAAAACUUUACUUUUCACUUAGUGCCAGAUCUGCCAAGGUAUCAGACACUGCUUUCUUUCUCUCCAGUAAAGCACUUAAACAUUUGCUUAAAUUAAAGCGUGUUAUCCCGUUGGGUCAACAGCUUGAUUAAUUUAACAUUUAAUAAAAUAUAGUGCUUCCUACCUAA